GUAUGUCGUGACUGGAUCAGCGUGAAGUUCUUGUUUCCAGUUGUUGUUGGAUGUUUUCCAGUGGUUGUUCGGUAAUACGUCAUCUGCAUAUAAAGAGAUCUUUUGCUCAACUUGUUCUACCACUAUUCCCGUAAUAGCCAAGUUUGAGCGUAAAGCUUUAGCCUAGAUUUGUACAGCCAGCGUGAAUAUCACUGGACUUAUUGGUGAACACUGUGAACAUCCCGGUUUCACUGUUAUUGGUUUAGAGGCAGAUUUGUUUGUCAAAACUUCAGCUGCUGGGUUCAAGUGUAGUAAUUGUAUUCAUAUCCAGAACGCCAGAUCGGAACAAGACGUCAAAAAGAUGCUGUGCAGAAGACGCCGCGUUUCCUGCUGAGAGAGGUUCAUGAUGAGGCUUUCGCUGCCCUCCGUGUGGAGGGCCAAAGUGCUCCUGUGCCUAAAUCUGCUUCUGCAAUGUGGCGAAGCCCGGGUGCAGACCGAGGCCCAGGCCGGGCCUCUGUACCGCGUGCUGGGCGCGCCUCUCGCCAUCUCCUGUAAUGUCAGCGGUUUCAGGGAUGAAGCCUCAGUGAAACACUUCUCCUUCUACAUCAAUAAACCUGCUAAUCCAGGUCUUGACAUCAACAUCAUCAGUACUAACGACCGAGGAUUCGGCUUUGCCAUUUAUCAACAACGUGUGAGGAGCGGUGAGAUCUUCAUCACACGCGUAUCUCCGAACUCCGUCAUCUUUGAGAUCCAAAGCCUCCAGAGAGGGGAUGAGGGUGACUACGACUGCUCUGUGGAGAACUCAGAAUAUACUUAUGAUGGGAGUUACAGUGUUAAGACGGCCGUGAAAGUGAUUGACGACUCCCUGAGCGUUUCGUCGCCUGCCUCCACCUCGCUGAGCUUCAACGAGGGCGAAGCUCUCACCUUAACAUGCCAGGCCUCCAGCAACACCAUCCAGCACACCCAUCUGUCGUUCGCUUGGUACCUUCAGAGAGACGGGGAGGACGACGCCCGGCCCGUCAUUUCUCUGGACAGAGAUUUCACGCUGAGACCGGGCCGCGGGUUUGAGGCGCGGUACCAAGCAGGGCUCGUACGCUUAGAUAAACUGGGAGAGGCCACGUACAGGCUGAAGGUGUCUCAGCUGGAGCUGUCGGAUCAAGGUAAGAUCCACUGCCAGGCGCAGGAGUGGAUCCAGGAUCCCGAUCGCUCUUGGUACCCCAUAGCAACGAAGGAUGCCGAGAAAAUUACCCUGGAAGUCAAAGCGAGAGAGGUGAAGCCAGACUCUUUGUCUUUGGCGGUGAGGAUCCUGGCACAGCACACAGCUCUGCAGGAGGGGCAGGAACUCCUGCUGUCUUGCAGCAUAGACACCUCGAACCUGGAGGGAAGCUUUUUCUCCGUGGCGUUCCUCCGGGAAGGCGUGGAGCUGGCCCGCAUCGGCCCCACCGGCGUCCUGUCCGUGGGGCCGGAGUACAGCGGCCGCGAGAACCAAGGGGAGCUCCGAGCCGCCCGGACCGGGAGCAGAGAUUAUCGUCUCAUUUUACGGCCUGUCAGAACCGAGGACCAGGGAGAGUAUAAAUGUAGAGUAUGGCCCGAGGAAAGAGGCCUUGAUGGUGUUUUUACACGAGGAGCAUCCCAGGACUCCAGCUCCCAGCUGGUCAGCAUCUCAGCCACAGACAGUGGGCUGUCAGUUAAAAUGCAGGACGCUGCCAGUGUUGCCGAAGGAGACAGGCUGAGGCUUGCCUGUGAAGUGGAAGGUGUCAAAGGUCGCCUCACUGUCGCCUGGCAGUACAAAUCCAGCUCCACGCCGGCAGCCCUGUUCACCAACGUCAUCGGUCUGAGUCAGGAGGGCGUCAUCGAGGAAACGGAGGAGUUCAGGAGCCGCGGCGCAAGAGCAACGCGCCCAGCAGCCAACGUCUUCGUCUUCGAGCUCGAUGAGGUCAAGCUCUCCGAUUCAGGCGUCUACCAGUGUGCUGUGUCCGAAUGGAACACCAACAGUAAGGUCCACAGCCAGUCACAAGCUGCCGCUGUUACAGUCACGCCUUUAGAUACGAAAGUGGUUCUGAUAAGCCGUAACAACAAAGCAAGUGUCGGGGACGACGUGGACAUCAUGUGCCGAAUCCGAGGGCCUCACAUACCAGUGACGGUGACCUGGAGCCUGCAGCGCGACGCCGCCACUCUGGACAAUAUCCUGACGGUGUACGCCGACGGGGCCGUCAGCUGGUCCUUCUCCCAGCACCACUACCAGCUGAAGGUGGAAAAGCAAAAUCAGCAAGUCAUCCACUAUCUGCAAAUCGUCGGCGCCAGCCAGAGAGAGGCCGGCAAAUACCAGUGCAGCGUGUCCGUCUUCCUGCAUAAUGUGCACAAGAAGCUGUCUCAGUCCAAUCAGGUGGCAGUGGUGGUGGAGAACCCAGAGAGUGAGCUUGCCCUGUCAUCCCCUCCAGUCUUGAAAACAAACGUCAACAUGGACAUAAGCAUAGCCUGCUCCAUCAUCUCCAAAGUCUCUGUGUCUUCCCUCUACGCCGUCACCUGGGAGCUUCAGCAAGACGGAACCAAUAAGACCAUUGCGCGCUCGGAUCGGCACGCCGCGGUAACGUUUGGGCCCCAGUUUGAGGAAAACCAGCGACAGCGGAUCAGUAUGAUCCGCACUAAAGGACGUGGGUUUGAGUUGACUGUUCGCCAAGUGACGUCCACGGACGGGGGGAUCUACGUAUGCAAAGUGGAGGAAUGGCUGCAGGAUCCUCGUGGCGACUGGUAUCUGCUCACAACUGUGUCCCGAGCCUCGAAGCUCACUGUCAUUGAGCCUGAACCAAAUCUCCUCCUUGUAAAGCAGGAAGGGGAGCUGAAUGUAAGCCUGUCUCAGAAUUUCAUGAUCCCAUGUCACAUUGCCCGUCAGUCCAGCAAUGAAUCCAGGUUCCAGGUCACGUGGUUCUGGCAGAAACAGGCUGAAUCCGAACGUCCCAUUUUCACAGUUCACCGAAAUUCCACUUUUCAGCAGAGUCUGAGAUUUGAUCUUAGAUUUGACCACCCUCUGCCAAACCAGUUCAGCGUUACAGUCUUAAAACCCAAUCCUGAAAAGAGCGGUACAUAUUUCUGUGAAGUAGAAGAGUGGCUGCCGUCUCCUAGUGGCUGGAGAAGGGCUGCCGUGGACAGAUCGGGAGAAUUGAUCGUCAGGGUCAGUGAAAAAGGCCAUGCCGAAGCCGUCUCAGGAUGCAACUCUGCCGUCUGGAUUGCCGUCGUUGUCAUUAUCCUCAUACUGUUGAUAGCGGUGGUCGUGCUGCUGAUGGUGAAGAUAUGCAGGGGCAAGAUGUCGGGAGGAAAAAAGGCUGGCCAGUCUUUAUGGGCUGAGCAGCACGCUCUGAAACCCAGCGGAGGGGACUGAAUGUGAUAUCUGCCUUUUUGUUUCCAUAUUACGCACAAUGAUGAUGCAUUGAUGAUGUUUGUUUUCAAAAAGUUGCACUGAACAAGCCGCAUGCUUGAGUCAAAACUCAUUUUCUUGAAUCGUUCAAUCUACAGUAUGAUGUUCUGGCAAGACUGGUGAAAUAUUUUGCCGUUUGUGCAGCGUGAGCUCCUGAAAUUUACCACAGCUUAUCUUACGUUUCGCUGCUAAAACUCCUUUGCAUAAUCACCAGCUUGCAAUGGACGGUUGGGUUAGGCAGCAGAUCAACUCUGUGGCUUUGCACCUACAAAGAAGCAUUCCCGCAACGACAGAAUCCUUUUCAUGUAGCAAAACAUGCCGGGGCGCUCGGCGCUGUGUCUUUGAAAGAAGUUAAAGCGUCGCGUGUCUCGAAGAGCGGCUGAGCAUGAGAUGUGGUAAGGUUUCAAACAUUUCACUUUAACUCGCACUGCAGCGAAUCAAACAGGAAGUGCUCUGCGGUUGAGCAGAACAUGACUGAGUGGUGGCAAAUUGUCAGAAGUUGCGCUUGUGACAGACAUUUGUACAGACGAGCUUUUGAAAGGAUCCCAGUGCGCCGGUUGAACACCACAAAUAUAUAAAUAUUUGUACUGUCAGCAUGUGCGUAUGCUCUGCUCUUCCCAACAUAUAGUUUCACUUCUGGAUGAGAAACAGAAGUUGUGAGUUUGUGUGCGUCAUCAGUCUCACAAUGUUUAUUUGUGUACAUACAAAAACUCAUUUUUUUCCCCCUUUGCCAUUACGUGACUGCAGCAUGACUUUUUUUUAUUUUGAUAAAACAUUACUUGUUAGUUGAUGCCAUAUUUUCAUAUGUGUUCACAUCUGAAAUUACUUCAAUAAAAGACUUUGUAUCAUCACAGA